AUGGCUUCCUGUUCCCCUUUUGAGGAUUAUCAAGUCGGCCAGGUUUUGACCUUGAGCGUCAUUCCCGAGCAGGGCAAACAAAGCUCAGAUUCGACGGUCCGUGCACGAAUCCGGCAGCUCCAGAAUCCCCGUACGCUGUCUUGCUGUAUGAUCGUGGACCUCCUGGGCGAAGACAGUCCGGACAAUCCGGUGUUCCUAAAGCUCUACGACAGGCGCUUUUCGGAGCAACUCCGAUGUGAUCAUGGAAUCGACCCGUGGAAGAGGGAUACGGAAAAGGAGUACAUCAACGCCGUCCGGAGAGGUGCAGCGCGCCAAUUUCUUUACAAUCUUCACACCAUCCCCAAUUUCGAAGAGGACACGGAAGAGACCUGGGACGACGGCCAGAAUGAAGCGUUUCUGACUAGCCAAGUUCACAAACUCUUCGCCACCGAAACUACUGUGUACGAUACCCUUCGUGACAUCCAGGGAAAGCUAGUUCCCCGCCUCGUAGCACGCGGGCAUCUCCCCCUCUCGCUCCCAGACGCCGGCAUCGGUCUUGCCGAUGCCGCAGAACUGCUCCAUAUCAAGGGAAUCCUGCUUCAGUACAUCGACGGUUUCUCCCUAUCGAAGGUGCAAUAUCAUGCGCCAAAAUCUGAAUGGCAAGGAAUCGUCGAUCAAGCCGUCACCAUCGUCCAGGCGGUCGGCGACCACGGCGUUCUGAACAGAGAUGUUAGACCCGACAACUUUAUCGUCCAGCCUGCCGGCGGCGGUUGUUACAGGGUAUUCAUGAUUGACUUUGGUCUGGCUCGGCUGCGAGGCGGGAACGAGACGGACCGCGAUUAG